AUGACCGCGGCAACCAAGACGGUGCGGUGUCUGGCGGCGCUGGCAGUGGCGCUGGCAUUGCUGCCGGACGCACGCUCGCUGCGCGCCCGCCAGGUCUCCGACGCCACCAGCGUCCAGCCCGUCGACCCCUCCAUCACCGACCCCAAGGCCAUCCUCGCCGACCGGAUCCCCUGGUACACCCAGGACGCCGACCAGCAGGACCACAUCCGGCUGCACUGGUCCGUCCGCCAUCCUCUCCCCGCUAGGCCCCGCACAGCUGCUGAUCCUCCCCAAACCUCGCGCACCCAGCUAUCUGCUGCAUACGGCGAUUACCGGACGCUGUGUCCGGCGACGUUUGCCGUGCACGGGAACGACUUCGAAGUGCUCGAAGACUUUGCGACGGCGGAGGGGCAGACGGGGUAUGUCGCGCGGGUGCCGUUCAUGCAGAAGAUUGUGAUCGUGUUCCGGGGGUACGACUCGGACGUCGCGCUGUCGUGGGAGCCCGCGCCGAUCGACUUCGGCCGGCCGGUGGGGCGGUGCACGGCGACGAACGGGUGCACGGCCGGGCGCGGCGUGCUCGCGCUCUACAACUCCGCCCGCAUCGCCACCGACAACUGGGCCCGCGCGAAGCAGGCCGUCAACGCCACCGGGCUCAAGUUCUCGGUCACCGGCCACGGGAUCGGCGGCGCGGUCGCCCAGCUCGCCGCGCUCGAUCUGGGCAUCGACGGCCACGUGCACUACGCCCACUCGCAAGCCGCACCGAGGGCGGUGUCAAGGACGGCGGCGACGCUCCUGUCGGAGAUCUUCCAGGGCGAGGCCGGCCAACACGUGGUGGCCAACCACGACUACUUCCCCCACAUCGUCCCGCGCACAUCCGGCUUCGUCCGCGUCAACUCGGCCGUCUGGGUCUUCGGCAACCGCACCGAGUGGAUGCGCGUCUGCCACUACUACCCCGAGAACGGGGCCUGUCUGGGCAACGGCACCAGCAUCGCCGAUAACUACUACUACUUCACCCCCAUGGGCCAGUGCGGGGCCGCCGAUAAGGGCUUCUGA